AUGCAUCCGCAAAUGGACAACGAGUACAAUGAUGCUGAAACAGCAACGAGGAAUCUUGUCGAUGCUGGAGGCGAAAACGCAAAAUCUUCGAAGAUGCCUCUUAUAGGAUGGAAGCAGGGUGUUAUGACCAACGCCAUAAGAGGCGGCAGUGCCAUUUACGGAUCAAAACCGUGCAAAAAAAGAAUCUGUCAAAAUCAUGCGAGCACUGAAGAGAAACAGUCGUUACUGGAGCAAACAAGUGAUCAGUAG